CAAAAAGAGUUGCAGAGAAACAUAAAAGUCAUAGCAAAUUCCAAGACAAGCAGACCGCAGAACCAGAUAAGAACUAAUAUGGGGAAAACUCAUAGUAGCCACCCGGAGCAUGAGCUUGAGCUUAAGAACUAUCAAAAACCCUACAUAUGCGAUGGAUGCAAGGAAGAUGGCUUUGGAAAGAGAUACAGAUGUGAGGAGUGCGACUAUGAUCUUCACGAAGAUUGCAUGUUUAACAAGUCUACCACGACCCACAAGUUCUUCAAAGAAUCCACUUUCAAAUUCUAUGAUAAACCCCCUAGGAAAUGUGAUAAAAUAAACUGCAACGACUGCAAAAGAUAUUGUGAUGCAUGUGGGAAACACAUCAAAGGUUUCGUCUACCAUUGCGAUGAAAAGGACUGGGAUUUGCACCCUUGUUGUCGCAACCUCAAUAAUGAACUCAAAAUUGAUGGUGUGAAAUUUCACCUUGGUGAGACUGUCUCAAAGUGUUCAUGGUGCAAUCAAAAGAAGAUUAAAGAUAGUUGGUCAAAAAUUAAGGGAUGGUCAUACGUAUCGGCAUGUGACACGUAUCAUUUUCACGUUUACUGUGCAAUGGAAAUGGUGAUAGAGGGAUGGAAGAAUGGAACGGCUAAUAGUAAUGAUUGUUUGGCUAUAGAGAAUUUGGAGCUACCCAUUCAACGUCAAUUGAAUAGAAACGGUGGGAGAGGUAACAAGUACUGGAGGAUAGCCAAAAUAUUUCUCAAGACUAUUGUUAGUAUUCUUCUUGGCGAUCCAACAAUAACUCUUGGCAGUCUUCUAGUUGAUCUGGUCAUCAAAUAAUUUGGUGUUGGCUUCAAAUAGAUAAUUGCUUUGUAUUUGUCUUUUAUCAACGGUUGUGUGCAUGUAUUUUUUAUUUUUUUUUUUUUUUUUUGAGACUAUUCAAUAGUUGGAAGAGAGAGAAUUUGAAUAAUAGAUGUAUUUACUAAAAACACGGUGUCAAUUGUUGUUGUUAAUUUAUUUUUGUGCAACAUAUAUGAAGAAUUGAAGAUAAAGUUUUGUGUAUAAUUUUAUCCA